CUAAAAAAAGAACUCAUUAUAAAGGCAGCUCCUCCCAAUAGUUAGCUCAGUCCUCAUCACUCAAUAUCCUUUGAAACUCAGUGUUUGAGCUUUGAUUUCCCAAGUUUUUUUUUUAAGAAAUGGCUCAGGCAAGAGGCGGUGCAAUGGCGGUGGCAGCGGCGACGGUGGUGCUCUGCUUGUUGCUGAGCCACUUUGAGUUGGCUCAAGCAGCAACGUAUACUGUUGGUGGAACCGGUGGUUGGGCCUUUAACGUGGCUGGUUGGACCAAAGAUAAGCGUUUUAAGGCUGGUGAUACACUUGUAUUCAAAUACAACCCAUCAAUCCACAAUGUGGUAGCUGUAAACAGGGCCGGUUACAGUUCAUGCACAACCCCAAAAGGUGCUAAAGUUUACCAGUCCGGCAAGGAUCAAAUCAAGCUUGUCAAAGGCCAAAAUUAUUUCAUCUGCAACUAUUCUGGACAUUGUCAAGCUGGCAUGAAAAUAGCAGUCACUGCUGCUUAGCCUAUGAUAAGCAAAGCUUAGCUUGCUUUUAUCAGCUUUCUUAAGUAUAAUUAGUGUUGGAUUUGAGUGUAGUGCUAGAGUUUAGUUUUAUAUAUAUGAUCUAUAAUAUGAUGGUUUUUGAGUAAUGUUCUGUGGCAAUGGUUUACAUGUACUCUCUUUUUGUAAUAAAAUAAACUUUUGUGUUGGAUACGUACUUA